AUGCGCUCGAACGCCAGCCUCAACUGGCAUCGGGAUAUGAGUGGAACGAACGGUUUCAACACUUCAGGGCGCGCGAAUGAUGGCACUGCUUCAUUAUCUCUUGAGCCAGAUGGGCAAGGCUACCUAGGCUUUGCGUCUGGAGUCACUCUGCUCCGUAUUCUGCAGCUUUGUGCAGGCGCCAUCCCUCUGCCUCAGCUCGAUGGACCCGACAAUGCGCGGGAACAGCAGCCAAUGCGCAUAGACCAGGGGCUAUCACUGCAUGACACAUCCCGCUUCGUCGAUGCCUACUUUCAGUGCUAUCACCUUCAAUACCCCAUCCUUCACGAGCCGACGUUCCGCGCUCAAUGGAAUGAGAUCAUACCUCCGCCCCCACCGGAACAAUGGGAAAUGUUACUCAAUGUUGUACUCGGCAUCGGCGCAUUUUGCGCAUUCGAGCCCUUAUCCGUUGUUGAACACUUCCUCGACAAGUCAAUAUCAGCCAUUGGCGCUAGGCAUCUGCAAUGUGGUAGUCUUACACUAGUCCAAGCCUUCACUCUUCUAAGCAACCUCUGUCAAAAGUCCAACAGGCUCAACUCGGGCUCCGUGUUCCUCGGUAUUGCUGGACGCAUGGCUAUGGGGCUGGGUCUGCACCGCGAGCUACCGUUCUGGAACAUCAAUCCCUUUGAACGAGAGAUACGACGGCGUGCGUGGUGGAUGAUUUACACGUUCGAUUCCGGAUCGAGCAUUACCUUUGGGAGACCUAUUGUGUUUCCGACGACCGAAUCUGACGUUACCAUGGUUCACAAUGCCCCCGAACGUAGCGCAUUCCACAUGGUCGGGAAUAGGUGUUACCACCGUGUCAUAUCCUCACCACCGCCGUCCAUUGUGGAGAUCCACUCUCUUGACACCCAGAUUUUGGCGUGGAAGGAGACCGUGCCCUCGUGGCUCCAACCGAACGAACGAUCGGCGUGCCCGUACCAAUGGUUACACUUUUCGGCCCAAAAGCUCUUUUGGAGAUGCUGCAACUUGCGUAUCAUUCUUCAUCGCCGUGCAUUUCUCGAACGCGCUCUCAAGGGCCUGCCCCUCACCACCGCGGAGGCCACUUUCAAUUCCGGCAAUCCCACGGCCGGUGUCACCGAUAAUGAGCUGGAGCUACGCAGCUCGGAACAGUGCCUCGAAAAUGCAAGCCAGACAAUACGUAGCAUCCACCAGUUCUUCGUUCAACCCCCUCGCGACCGCCUCGAAGCAUGGUAUGGCCUCCACUACCUGUUCCACGCAAGCUUUGUGCCCCUCAUCGCCCUCCACACUGAUCAUGGGAGCCGACACCGACCAGAAUGGGUUCACGACGUGUCGCUGACCUGCGAAGUCCUCCAUACACUCCGUGACGAUCCGCUGGCCAAACGGUGUCUGUCUAUCGUUCACCUCCUCUCUCCGUCAGACUCGCAAGUUGCAAAUAUUUGUGCGCCGUUCGAUAACAACGACCUUCUCGCCAUGCUCCACAGUACCGACCCACCUGUCAUAUCCCCCAGUAACGACCUGGUCCAGACCCUUCUACCUUUUGCCGACCUGGCUACUCUUAGCUCGUUCUGGCCAAUGAGUGCGCAAUGA